AUGUGUGACAGUGUCUCUGUCAAUGAUUUUUUUUUUUCGGAGGAAGAAAAAGAAAUAGAAUUAUCUGAAGAGGAUCCCGAUUGCCUUUGCGGCCCUAGAUUCUGCAGAUCUUCCGUGGAUAGCGAUGAAAAUUUGAGUUUAGAUAGCGUAGAUGACGAUGAAGUGGUCAACGUUUCUCUUUGGGAAAGUAUUUUUCGUAAAACAGAGGAGAAGAAUGUUCCGUAUAAAGAAUGGCUUGAAGAAAAGAACGCUGCGGAACUGACCGUUCCGAGGCACGAUGGGCCCGCGGAAUUUCUUGAUAAGGAGAUAUUUCCGCUGCUUCUUCCAGCGAUGAAGAAAAUGCUCGAGCAAGCUCGGAAAUGGGAUGCCCUGGAGAUUCAAAAGUGUCGGUUCAAUGGCAUCGAUUUUCUCGCAGAAGUUUUAUGGAAUAGCAAUCCCAGACAUCCGGGACGAGCCGAAAGGUGGAUGGAUGUGUUCAGCAUACCACCAUUCCGGCUUUUUUUGAGAUUGAAUCCCAGACCAAUUUAUCCCAAAUCAUGGCUCUGGACUCGCGAUGAAGGAGCUUUGAUUAUCCAGAAAUGGGUACGAGGAUGGCUAGUACGAAAACGCGAGGACGUCCAAGAGAUGCGUCUUUUUUGGAAGGUACAGUACCCAUUUCUAGUUUACACAUGACAACUUUUUUCUAUAAUAUGAUUAAUACUGCUACUAGGCUUUAAUCGCAGAGACUGAGCAAGAGGCUAUCAACCUCAGAGUCACGAGUAAGUCUCAUGAGACAAUUACAAUUUUUGUGGUUGAGCUGUAGUUUAUAUGUUUUCUCAAUACUUUUCAGAUUC